GAGUUCUCCUAUGAACGUUUCAUUUCAUCCCGAGUAUCUUGUCGGGGGGGUUUUGCUAGGGUUUAUAGCUAGCUUUCUCUCCGUUAAACCUUACCAAGAUCUAAAAUAUAUAUUUCAGUCUUCAAAAGUCAUACCAAAUGGCAUUCGCCUCCGCUUUUCGUCGCAUUCUCAGCGGCUCUACCACGCCGUCGCUAAAUAUUCGCUCUCAGUUCGCUGCGAUUCGCCUCAAUUCUACGCUUGCGACCCUCACCUCCCCCAAGCUCUUCGUUAGUGGUCUUUCAAGAAACACAACCGAUGAAAAUCUUUACAAGGCGUUUGCUCCAUUCGGCAGGCUUCUUGAGGCAAAAGUGAUCAUUGAUAGAGGCUCCGGAAGAUCAAAGGGGUUUGGUUUUGUUACUUAUGAAACAGUGGAAGAAGCUGAGAAGGCACGUGAGGGAAUGAAUGCCAAGUUCCUCGAUGGUUGGGUAAUUUUUGUUGACCCAGCGAGACCAAGGGAAGCUCAGCCGCGCCAACCUCCUCGGCAAGACAUGCAGUCUACUGAGACUGGGUUCACCACAAACAAGACCGUUGGAUGGAGUGGUUUUUGACGUUCAUGAUAUCAUAUUAUUCCAGAAUAUUUUUCAUUGUAUUUGGCAAAAGCACAUUAUCUUCUGGAGAAACAAUGCAUAUCAUUACAUGAGACAUUAUACUCCCAAGUCCUUGGGCACUAAUAUAUACGACUAUAUGGGCAUGAUUGGUAUA